AUGGAGAAACUCUGCUUCUUAAUUGCUGUUCUAGUGUUAUCAGUGAACUGCUUUGCUCUUUACUCAACCACAGAUGAAGAUUCACUUCUUGCCUUCAAAACCCGAAUCACUUCAAACCCUUAUGGCAUCUUGGCAGAUAACUGGUCGACUACUACCUCAAAUUGCAACUGGAUUGGUGUUUCUUGCAGCAGGAAUCGACAAAGAGUAGUAGCUUUAAAUUUUUCCGGGUUCGACUUCACAGGCACCAUUGCUCCACAUCUUGGAAAUUUAACGUUUCUGGCUUCUUUAGACAUCAGUUUCAACAAUUUUACAGGGAUAAUACCCCCCGAGCUUUCCAACUUGCGUCGUUUAGAAGAGAUAAACAUGGGAUUUAACAGCUUCAUUGGAGAGGUACCUUCAUGGUUCGGAAUCUUACCCGAACUUCAGCAGAUUUGUCUGAAUAACAAUAGUUUCACAGGCAGCAUCCCUCCAUCUUUAUGCAGCAAUUCAAAGCUACAAACUCUGCAAAUGAGAAACAAUUUUAUAAAUGGAAAGAUUCCACAAGAGAUUGCCAAUCUUUCUGCCCUGGAAAUAUUAGGUUUAAGGUUUAACCAGCUUACAGGAUCCAUACCUUUCGGUAUCCUCAACAUGUCUUAUCUGAAGGUACUGGAUCUCUCGAUUAAUAGCCUGUCAGGAAGUCUCCCGGAGAACACAUGCGAUAGUAUCCCGAAAUUGACCGGACUCCAUCUCUCAAAGAAUCUUCUCUAA